AUGACCUCGGUCACGGUUCUGAUGAUGGUCCAGAUGUUCGUCGUUACCACCGACCUAACGCUGCUGGCGAGGACCAUAGACAUUUGGACCAUGCUCUUCUCGGGCAUGUACAAAUGUUUUUACAUGACGGUGUUCAACGGUGAAUUUUCCCAGCUCAAAACCAAACUGACGGCAAUACAAGCUCAAGGAUCGGCGGCGUACGGAAGCUCGGCCAACGCGUUUACGUCCAGCUAUUUAAAGCCAAUGCGAAACAUCAGCUUUUGGUAUAUGUUCAGCGGUAUGGUUGCGGCUUUUUUCAUAAUCGUCAGCCCCUUGUUGACCUAUCCAAAGAGGUAA